AUAAUGGAGGACUGUCUUUCUUACCCGGACUGAUGAUGUCUGUAUUUCUACUGUACUACCCGUGAUCUGAGGGAAAAAAACAAGUCGUCUACAUUUUGGCGUGUUCAGAGUAACAAUCCCAAGACAAGAUGACCACAGACACACCAGCCCAAAGCAUCCCCUCCAGGAUAAUGACGUUCACCCCCUCUAAAGAGGAGUUCAAGGACUUCAGCCGGUACAUUGCCUAUAUGGAGUCACAAGGAGCACACAAAGCUGGAAUGGCAAAAGUUAUUCCCCCUAAAGACUGGAAGCCUAGACGGACGUAUGAUGACAUUGAUGACCUCGUGAUUCCUGCUCCCAUUCAGCAGGUGGUGACCGGCCAGUCAGGACUGUUCACACAAUACAACAUCCAGAAGAAACCCAUGACCGUCCAUGAGUUCCGCAAGACCUCCAACAUGGAUAAGUUCUGCAAUCCCCGAUAUGUGGACUUUGACGAGCUGGAGAGGAAGUUUUGGAAGAACCUGACUUUCAACCCUCCACUUUAUGGGGCUGAUGUCAGUGGAACGCUCUAUGAUCCAGAUGUUACUGAAUGGAACAUCGGCCGUCUCAACACCAUUCUGGACACUGUGGAGAAUGAGAGUGGGAUCAAGAUCAAAGGAGUCAACACACCCUACCUGUAUUUUGGGAUGUGGAAGAGUGCUUUUGCGUGGCACACUGAAGACAUGGAUCUGUACAGCAUCAACUAUCUGCACUUUGGAGAGCCCAAGUCCUGGUAUGUUGUCCCUCCAGAGCAUGGGAAAAGACUGGAACGCCUUGCUAAGGGUUUCUUUCCAGGGAAUGCUCAGGGCUGUGAGGCCUUCCUGCGCCACAAGAUGACUUUAAUUUCACCCUCCAUCCUGAAGAAAUAUGGCAUCCCAUUUGAAAAGGUAACUCAGGAGGCAGGGCAGUUUAUUGUGACGUUCCCAUUUGGCUAUCACGCUGGGUUCAACCAUGGCUUCAACUGUGCCGAGUCCACCAACUUUGCCACCCAGCGAUGGAUUGAUUACGGGAAACAGGCAACACUGUGUUCGUGCCGUCAGGACAUGGUGAAGAUCUCCAUGGAUGUGUUUGUGCGCAAGUUUCAGCCCAGUCGUUACAAGUUAUGGAAGGCGGGAAAAGACAACGCUCCCAUUGACCACACCAAACCCACACCAGAAGCUGCCGAGUUUCUGAAGGAGAACAAGACCGAGCCUGCAAAAGGGAGUCCCAGUGAAGCUGGAUCGGUGGAACCCACUGCUCCAGUCCAGGAGGACAAAAGUCCAAAGCUUCAGUCCGGGACGAAGCGUCUGAUUGAAGCUGUUGAAGACAUCAAACCUGAGCUUAUGGUGAAGGAGGCUGAGGCAGUGGAGCCAAAGAGGGCCAAGCUCUCACGCAAAGAGUCCCCGACUAAAGUCUCUGUCAAACCAGAUAAAGACAAAGUGAAUUUGAAGCUGGAGCCUAAGAAGGAGAAAGACUCCAGGCCACAGUCUAGAUCUCAGUCCAAAGCCAGUGCUAAGAAAACAUCAAACAGAAGAAGUCCAUCAAAGAAGGAGAAGAGUGGUGAGUCGGCUGCAGACGUCUGUCCUCCUGAGCCUGUUGAGAGCCAGGUAGUGGCUCUGUCCUCGGAGGAAGCGAGCGGCAGCGUGGAGCCUCAGCUCGGCAUCAACUGUAGCCCAGCACACAAACUGUUUCAGAGGACGCUGAGCCCUGCAGACGUCCUGCACGUCCACAGCUACGCCAAAGGUGACUACGGAGAGGGAGAAGCCCCGCCCAGGGAGGAGAGGAAGAGUGAGAGUAGUGACCACGAGAUGGAGAAAGACAACAAGCACGUUAGCAAAGCACAGGUGGCAGAAGAGGUGGCUGAGGAUGGAGAGCCAGAGAGUGAUCUAGGACAGCUGCCGGGUCACCAUCCACUCAUCAAGGACGGCAUGAGUGAUGACGAGGCUCCAGAAGAGGCCCCCCCAGUAGAGGAGGGUGGUCUGGAAGGGGAGAGUUGGGCUAAACCCCUGGCUCACCUGUGGCAGAGCAGACCCCCCAACCUGAAGAAGGAGAGGGAGUACAACCAGCGCAUGGGCUCCAAACCUCCAUACUGCUCCAUCUGCAUGUUGUUCCACACAUACCAGCAGACUGAAUGUGCCAACAGCGUGGACAGUCCUGUCAUGGUGCCUGGGGGGUGGAUGCGGACCAAACCUCUGAUCCCAGAGAUGUGUUUCACCACCACCACAGAUGAGGACUCUGAGUGUGAGCAGCAGCCUGUGACACCUCACCUGGAGGAAGAUGGAACCAGCCUCCUCAUCACCUGCUCUCAGUGCAGUGUCCGCGUCCACACCAGUUGUUAUGGUGUGGAUCCAGCCAGUGUGAGCAAGGACUGGAAAUGUGCGCGCUGCAAGGCUAAUGCCAUGACUGAGAAUUGCUGCUUGUGUUCACUGAGGGGUGGAGCCUUGCAGAAAGCCAACAAUAACAAGUGGGUACAUGUGCUCUGUGCAGUGGCUGUACUCGAGGCGCGCUUUGUCAACAUCACUGACAGAAGUCCUGUGGAUUUAAGUGGAAUCCCUUUGCAGAGAUUUAAACUGAAAUGUUACUACUGUAAGAAGCGGAUGAAGAAGGCGUCUGGCUGCUGUGUGCAGUGCUCUCAUGGCCGCUGUCCCACUGCCUACCACCCCACCUGUGCACAGGCAGCAGGAGUCCUCAUGCAGCCGGAUGAGUGGCCCUUUGUGGUGCACGUCACCUGCUGUCGACACAAAGGCCCCACUCAGAUCGAGCGCAAUAAAGCAGCCAUGCACGAGCUGACUGUGGGACAGAAGGUGAUAUGCAAGCACAAGAACGGCCGCUACUACCAGUGUGACGUGGUGCAGCUGUCUAAAGAAACGUUCUACGAGGUCAACUUUGAUGAUGGUUCCUUCAGCGACAAUCUCUUCCCGGAGGACAUUGUGAGCCGAGACUGUGCUCAGCUUGGACCCCCACCUCAGGGUGAAGUGGUUCAGGUGCGCUGGACCGACGGCCUGGUGUACGGGGCCAAGUUUGUGGCAGCUCAUGUCAUCCAAAUGUACCUGGUGGAAUUUGAGGAUGGGUCACAGCUAACAGCCAAGAGAGAUGAUGUCUACACUCUGGAUGAGGAACUCCCCAAGAGGGUCAAGUCCAGACUGUCCAAAGCAUCAGACAUGAGGUUUGAUGGGAUCUUUGAAGAGAAGGAGAUCAUCCAGGAGUCAAAGAGACAGAGAGUGAUCAACUCGCGUUACAGGGGGGACUACAUAGAGCCUGUGAUUUACAGAGCCAUCAUGGAGUAGCCUUCACUUCCUGUCUGCUCACCCAGCCACACACCAGCAGCAGCAGCAGCAGCACUGACAGACUGAACUGUGCUCACUGUACCUUAACCUAGCAGCUAGCCACUGAGAGAGUGUAGCUCCAGAUGACUUCCUUCAGCACCUGCUUCGGACUGUUUUUUAUUUUCUACUCCUCAUUCAUCUUUGUUAGGACAGUUCUGUCUGCUUUGUUAGUUUGACUGUGAAAAAGGAAACAGCAGUAUUGUUAUUUGAGUUGUUCCAUAGGACUCCACACACAGUGCAGCGCGCUGACCUGCAGCCUGGCAGUAUGUAACAGUAGGAAGCAAUAUAAACAUGACAUUCAAUAAAGUAGCAUUGUGACAGUGAGGCACCAAUAAAGAAGACGAGGCAGGUGUUAAACUUGAUGUGAAACAGCUCUUUACUAAACAGUUCAGGUGCAUAUCUGAGCUUAAAGGAUAUAUAUUUGAUUUCUUUCCUGCUGCCAUCAGUGCCUAUCACACACAACCCAACAGCUGUCAAAGUUUUCAUUCAUAUUUACAAUUUGUAAAUGCUGAACUGAUUCUUUUAAAUGAAUAACCAAAUUGUCACCUCCACAUUCUGAGAUUUCACUCAUUUGCCCAAAUUAUUAAAGGACCAGAGUUUAGUAGCCUAACACCCCUCCCCUCCCCCCUCCCUCUACAGUUGCCUUCAGGUGUUGUUGACAUGCUCCCUGUGUAGACAUGAAGGACUCAUUCUAAACUAAUGGAAACACAGUGAUUCUUAGUUUCAGGUGAUAAACAUAAUUCUGAAUAUUAUAUUCCAAUAGAUCAUUUUCAAUCUUACACACUGUUCCUUUGAGUGUAUGAUUUACUAAAUUGUGAUGAAAGUAUGAAAAUGUUUAGGGUUGCAACUAAUACUUACUUUGUUUAUCAGUUAAUCUGCCAAUUGAUGGACUGAUCAUUUUGUCUAUACAGUGUCAGAAAUAAGUGAAAACUUAUCAUCACAGUUUCAUCACAGCAUGAGUAUUUUUUCUGAUUGUUCUGUUUUUAUUCAGGUUAAUCGUUUAGUUGACUAAUCAUUUCAACUCUAGAAAUGUUAAACCUGAUACCCGCCCGGCUUCAUGGGCUCUAUUGAGUUCUGCCAUGCUGAUUUGUUUGGCAAUAUGCACCAUAUGAACAUAAUAUAAACAACAAUAAUUAAACAAAAAUUAAAGCCUUACAACUACAUAUUGACUUAGGGCCACUGUGCAGAGCCCAAUAUUACAGAAUGGGACCCAAUCUCCUUAUAGUACUAUAGUGGAGCAGGGGCCACUGGGGGUCUGGCACUUUGUCUAGUUGGUAAUCAGGCCUUCAUCCAAACCUGACCCAAGACCUGGAGCUCAAUGUCAUUCAUUACUGUCAGACGUCAGGGGAAACUGAUCGUUGCUUAUCUAACACAUAGACGUCACACUGACGAAGAACCAGACCCAACACAAGCUCCACAUGUUAAAGGCCUGUAUACAACCUGAAAGGUAUAGAACAGGUGAGGUCACAACAUGUAUUUUAUAAUUCUUUUAUACAUUUUUAUUGAUUUGAAGGAGCCACUCACUGACAGUCAGACUUUUUACAGACAGAAAUUAGACAACAUUACACUGGUAUCCUUUGAUUAAAGGAAUACUUCACCCAGAAGGUUUGUAUCAGUCAGCUACUGGAGGGAUGCACAGGAUGUUUCAGCAUGUGAUUCUUCAUUAAAAACUAAAGUGGCAGCCAUUUCUUGAAAUACAGAAGCUGCGAAAGGCCAUACUCACUCUCUAAUCCAUUAUCUUGAGAAAAAAAGCUUAUCUCUUAUCUCAAGAAAAAUAUUUAAGUGUGGCCUUUCUCAGCUUCCAUAUGAAGACAAUGAAGUUAGUUAGAUUAUUUUUAACAGUACUGGGUACAGCUUGAAGUUUUUUUUUUAAAUUAAAGAUUUAAAUUAAUUUUUAACUUUUAGAUUUUGACAUUUUUUUACGAUUUUUGCAGAUUUGUGCAUGAAACAUAAAAGUCCAAAGUUUUAAAAUGUUUUCUAAACACAAAGUAGCUGCACAUGAACAGUGUUUAAAUGACAGGAACAGCCCAGUGCAGGACUGGCUGAGUAACAGCAGUGUGACGGACACAAUCUGAUUUCAAAGGUCCACUUUCUCCCUCUUGGCUUUUAACUGCAGCCCACUGAGCACAUGAGUUGAAGUUUUAGAAGUUUUUACCUCAGAACAGUUUUUAAUUAAGAAUCUCCAGCAACUUCAGAGUAUAAACUCUGACCGCCAUCAGUCCAGACGACGUGGUUGUAACAGAAGUGAUGGAGUAUAUGGAUGAAGUAAUUCUUUGAGUGGAAGCAAUGCCAUUGAACCCACUGAUUAUUUCUCCUCUUUAACUGUAACUAUUAACUGCAUUCCUUCACAUUUGAAUAUGACAUUUAAAUAUGGCUUUUACAUGCUGACUUGUUUUUAUCAGCUUAUUUAUUAUUACGGUGCUUUAAGAAAGUAAUGGAGUCAGCAGUGACGCUGCAGAGGUUGAUGAUGUAUGUUCUAUUUUUUCUACAGUAUAUAGAUGAAUUUUAAAGAGUCCAUUCAGAUUUUUAAUGCGCUUUCUCUCCCCAGUCGUUUCCUCAGUCUUCUACUGAAAGUUGUACAUUGCACUUUUUUUUAUUUAAGUCCAGUUUGUGAGGAUGUUUGAAUAGUUGUGCGUUGCCAUUGCUAAUUUGUUAAAGGCCUGUUUCAGAAUGUUAAUUGUACAUUUAUAAAAUGUCUUACAGAUUGUGCGCCCCUCCCUGAUUGAUCACAUUGCACUUGUCACUGGGGGCCUUCAGUGUCAUCCUUUGAACUUGUUCUUAUUGUGCUGUGAGACUGCAGACUUCACACACCCUGCUCUCAUCAGUCCAGUGGAGAAGGACUUUAUUUUAUUCAUAAAGUAUCAACAGAGAUGUACAUGGGGAGGGGGUAUUUUGUAUUCUAUUUUAUUGCGUUGUUUUGUACAACAUGUUUUAUGUGUAUUUUCACAGAGACCUGUGAAGUGUAAAUGUCACGUAGUCUAUUUUAAGAUGUUACCUGUCGACACAGGAGACGAGCUGAGGCCAUCACUGUCGUCUCCUUCUGAAGAGAAAUGACUUCCAGAUUAUCAUUCAAACAUUUUGUAAAAUUCAUUUUUGUUUCA